CCCAACCAACCAGCCGAGGAGGAGGGAAGAGAGCCUCUUCCUUCCUCCUCCCCCGUGUCUAUUUCCGUGCCCGCCUCCAACCACCCGCGAGGCCGCGACCCCCCGCUUUCCAUGGCCGCCGCGGCAGGGGCGAAGGAUGCAUAGAAAGCCCCUCCUCCCCACCCUCGCCACCCGCGGGCCGCCCAGCAGCAGCCUCGCCCCCCGUCCCCCGCUCCUCCUUUCGCUUCGCCGCCUCCUCUUCCCGCGCCGCCGCGCGCCCUCCUCGCCGCCGCCUGCUGCCCGACGGAGGCCCGCUGCCGCCGCCAUGGCGGGCGCCGCUGGCGACCCCGUGGCCUCCGCGGCGGCGGCGGCGGGUGGGGCCGCCUCGUUCCGGGUCGGGAUGGUGCGGGUGGUCUCGUUCCUCGUCGGGGGCCUCAACGUGGCCGUGCUGCUGCUCGGGCUGUACCUCAUCGACGGCGUCCUCCCGCCGGGGUGCGGCGGGGGGCUCGCGCUCGCCGCCGCGCCCGCGCUGGCGGGGGUCCGCGUGCUCUCCAUGAUCGGCGCCGCGCGCGCGCAGCACGCUACAGCGGAUGCCAUCGCGAGGCUCCACCUCGACGAGGGCGCCGCGUCCGUCGCCGCUGAUGCCGUAGCGCGCCACGAUAUCAGGGUGAGGUAUAAACGCUGGUUGUGGUGGACUAGAUUCGGCAUGGCAGUGGGUGCAAUGCAAUUGGUUGGGGCGAUUUAUCUCAUGUUUGUCAUUGUGAGAGAUCUUUCAAAUGAAAGAAGAGCCACUUCCUGUUUCUUUGGACAGGAUGAAGCAGAUCAAGUCUCAAGACGGGCAUUAGUUGCUUUGUUUCUUAUUCUUUCCUGGGUUGUGGUCAUUGUCCAAUGCUUCACGGGUUCUGAUAUAUUAAGGUGGCGAUCAUUCUAUGCAACACAUGACAUGGCUUGGAAAGCUCAUUACAGGGAAGUGUUUGAUCAUGGAAUUCGAGAAGCUUUAUGCUGCCUAGGGCGUGCAAAGUAUCUAACCGUAUUGGAAGAGGAUGAGGUUUACUCUGUGGCAAGACUUCUGGGUGAUUUGGUUGCAUAUCGUGCUUCUGGGACAGGACAUUUGGAACUUUUAGCAGGGCUUGCACUACUGCAGAAAAAUGAGAAUUUGCCUCAUUUACAAAAUAACCUUACGGAGGCACCUCGUAAUAUUAUGCAAGAAGCUGCUGUUCUGCACCCCUUUGCUGAAGCAUGUUACACGGGACCUCUCCUUGAUGUUGGGAGAAACCCUAUUUUGUUUCCCUGUGCAUGGCUUUACAGACAAGGUGUUUUAACUCCAUGGUCGCGCAGAAGACGCCCUGCACUUGAUGGUGACAACUGGUGGCGAGGGCAUGCUGCAGCUUUCCUUAGAUUUGUUCACAUACCAGCUAAAGCACUUCUACGAGGUCGAGUUUGCCAGAGCAAGAGGGAAGCUGCUUACUUUGUCGUGGUCCUGCAUGACAAAAAAACAGUUGUUAUAGCAGUUCGUGGAACCGAAACACCAGAAGAUCUCAUAACUGAUGGAUUAUGCAGAGAAUGUGCAUUUACUAUGGAGGAUUUGGAUGGACUAGUAAAAUGCGAACAAUUACCUGCAACUACAAGGGAGAGAGUUAUUUCUACAUUUCCACAUUAUGGACAUGGUGGAAUUCUAGAGUCUGCUAGGGAGCUUUUCAUGCAACUCCAUGAGUGCACAGGAGAUAAUUUGUCAUCCAGAACAGUUGGAUUUCUUCCUACACUGGUGGGGGAAGGCAGUGAAUGUCAUGGAUAUAAAAUUCGACUUGUUGGGCAUUCUUUAGGGGGUGCUGUUGCUGCAGUUCUUGGAAUGAUGCUUUUUGGCAGAUACCCAGACGUGCAUGUAUAUGCAUACGGACCACUACCUUGUGUGGACUUUGUAAUAGCUGAAGCCUGUUCGCAAUUUGUUACAACCAUCGUGUGCAAUGAUGAGUUUUCUUCUCGACUUUCAAUCAACUCAAUCCUGAGGCUGCGUGCUGCUGCAAUAAGGGCUCUUUCAGAUAACUCUCCAGCUGAUACAGCAAUGAUUCAGAAACUUGCUCGCAGAAUUUUGCAUGUUAACAAGUAUCAUGAUAGUGGUACUGAUGGUGGCAUAAUGGAGGACCAAACUGAUAGUCGUAAAAGGGCCACAGCGAGGCACACAUUUGAAGGGAGGGCAGUAUCUACUGAUCGACGGUUUCCACAUCAGGAUGCAUCUUAUACUAGUACUUCUGAACCAGACCUCCUAAAUUUACAAAAUGGCUUCAAUGGUUAUAAUGGGUCUAAUUCAUCCAUAGACGAGUAUAUGAGCUCUCGGAUUCCAGAUACUGAUUGUGAUGUCCAGACGAUUUCCCUUCACGGGCUUGAUUCUGGUUCAGAACAGCAUCACACUUCUUAUAGGGAUAUACCAGUUGAGCCUCCUGAGAUGUUUCUUGCAGGCUUAGUUAUUCAUAUAGUGCGGCAAAGAAGAAGCCUCUUUCCUCUUUGGAAAUGCUGGAGCUUUCAGGGAAGUGAACCACCGUAUAAAGCUUUUUUGGCAAAAAGAGAGAACUUCACGGAUCUUGCUGUUACUCCUGCGAUGUUUACGGAUCACCUACCAUGGAGGUGUCACUAUGCUAUGCAGAGAAUUCUGGAAGCGCAAACGUCAGCAAGUUGCACUAAUUCUGAUUCACCGGUAGAACGCUUGGUAUGACCAGGACAGACAACAGAGUUGUGACAGUUUGACGACUGAAGGAACUUUUCGCAUACUGCCGACAUAUUUCUAUAAAAAGCAGUUAUGUCUGUUUCCAUGAGAUCUCUGUGACGACAUAUCCUGAGCUUACUGACAGUGCUAUACUGCCAAGGCAGGACGAAUGGAUCAUAUGAAAUCUGACGACUUACAUACACAGCAAAGCAACAAUAUCUUAUCUUAUUUCGAUCUACUUUGCAAUGCCCUGUGCAUGUACAUGAUCAUCUGGUGCAGCCUUACACCUUGCUAGUAGCGGUUUGUUUCUCAAUUCUUUACUCUGCAGCCAUUCCUGCUUGUUCAUAUCCAUUUUUUAUAUUGUGCCAAGUUAACAUGAUGUACAUAUUCACACAAUUGUGUUAGAUAGAUUGACCGAUUGGCAAGUGACAAUUAAAAUGUGAAUAUUUAACACCGAGAUCAACGAAGAUGGUUAUGACAAUUUCUUUUUCUGCUG